AUAUACUGUAUAUGUGUAUAUAUGUGAGACAAAAUGAAAACAUUUUUUGAAUUGUUUCAGGCAGCCCUAUAGCUACAAUUGCAGAAAAUAAUUAGAAAACCCUAGUAAAAUGUUUAGUAACUAAUUGGAUCCUGUGGUGAAUCUGUGGAGGACAAGUUGUUCAUUUGUUACAAUUGUAUAGUCUGAUAUGUGUUCUGCAGUACUGCAAUAAGCUAGUUACUUCUUAACAAUGGGCCCAGUGAAAAAUAAUCUGUCCCUAAGAUGUUAUCAGCAAACACUUAGAGAGUUGCUCAGGAGAAGAGAAANAAAAAAAAAAAAACAAAAAACCCUAAGGGAGAAGCAAGGUUACUGGAAUAGAUUUGAAAUUGAAAUGCUGAAUACUUAAUACUGGAAAAUAGAAGGGAGUGGACUGUGGAGUGGAGACAGGAAAAGAGAGAGAAAGAGAGAGGAUCUUUGUGGUGAAAAAAUAAUUACCACCAAAGAGAGUGAAUGAGAGAGAGAGAGAUAAGGUGAGUGAUAAAGAGAGAGAGAGGCCUAAGAAAGACUAUAAGGGCCAGGAAAAUUAAAAGAGCUGGAACCAAAUAUACACAAAUGGGGAAUGGACAAAAAUAGACCAAGACAGUUAGUUUAAUUAUCUCCUUUAAGCAAUUAGACAUGAUUUUAUUUUCUUAGUAUAAGAACAGUUUAACCAGAGGUUCAAGUUUCCUUGAAAUUUAAGUUAUUCAGAAUGAAGCACAAAAACAUCUCCCAAACAAAUUAUUGUUUUAAAAGCCAAAUUUAUGGCCGAUAUUAAAAAUAGCAAUAAGGUCCAAGUGAAUGGUUUUAGGCAAAGGAAAUCCCUAUUACACAUUUUUAACUGAAAUAGCUCAGAGAGGUAUGUGUCCAAGCUGAAAAAUGGUGAUGAUUUAUUGCUUGCUUUUGCCAUGGAUUUUAUUUGUGGAAUAAGAAUGUAUUAACACAGGGGAAAUAUAGAAUUUUGCUUACCAAACGUUAAAAAGAAGGUUGAACUCUUGUGGUGAGGUAAAGGGAUAUAGGUAUAGAAGAAAGUUUUCCUGCAUGAAUUUUUUUUUGACCACAUUAAAUAACUAUAGUUAUUUGUGAUUAUAAGUGUUCAUUUGGCUGACAGAUAAAUAGAAUUUUAAUGGCAAACAUCAUCCUUUGAAAUCUAGAGUAAAACUGAUUUCUUUGAUUCAUAGAAACGAAGUACUGGAGUAAAAGUUCUGCUUGAACCCAUGUCCAAAUUACAUGUAAUGGAUAUGCCUAGAAGUUUGUUAGGUAUACUAGACAUGAAGGCAGAUAUAUGGAGAGAGAACCUUGGAAAGGCUUCCAGAAGCCCAGUAUGAACAUCUCAUUUCCCUUGAUCUAUCCUAUCAUCCCUCAACUUACCUUCUCAAAAAACACAUGACAGUCUGGAAUGGCAUGUAAUACAUUAUUGCAUCGAACUGGUUGUAAUGUUUUUACUUGUUGUCUCCAACCUUUGACGGUUAAAAUUAGUUAAUGUCAGAAAUAUACUUCAAAACUUUUUGAGGAUUUUUUUUCAUACUUAUAAUUGUUUUUAAUAAGAUGAAGGUUCUCCUUUGUGAGAUUUUGGAACUGAAACUGAUCAAAACUUAAAACUUGAAAUCCCAAAUUAAAGUUUAUUUCCAGGUUUAAAGUAUUUUACUUGAAUUUGUCUGUUGUAAAGUUAACAAAAAAAAUUAAUAUGUAAAACACAGAAAAAUUAUGUAAUUGAACUAGAGGAGUUAAAGUAUUAUUUCAAAUUCGUUUCUUCAGCCUGUUACAAAAUUGGGAACCAAGUGAACAUAAAGUCUAGAACAAAGUUUAAUACAAAUAUACUUAUGGUAAUGGAAGCCUUCAUGUAGUUUCUGUGACUUGCAUAAAAUCAAAAACAGAGAGGCAAAAAUUUAGUCUUGCAGUGUAUUGAUUAACAUAUAUUUAAGUUGGUGCAUAUUUCACCCAAAUACGUAAAUUUAAUAUAUUUCGAAGUCUAUAGAAGUGUGGUUUUUAAAAUGUGUUUUCUACAUCAUUGUUGAGGAAUUUGCAUGCUUUGGGAAAACUUUGCUUUUGAGAAAUUAAUUUUAUGAAUAGCUAAAGUGGCUGGUUGUGUUUGAGACUAAAAGCCUGUUGGAGAAUUAGGCUAACAAAGGGUGAAGGUGAAGAUCAUUAGAGGUUUUAGAGCUGGCUGAGAUGGGUUGCUGGGGUUGUGUAACUGUGCCUAGAGGGCGGGGUUCCUGUACAUUCCUACUUCACCAGAUAACCUGCCCCCAACACCACUUCAGCUUCUGCCAGACAGAUGGAACUCUCCAGCAUGAAAAUCUGCGCAGCCAUUCCAACAAGCAGGGCUCUGCCUGAGGUUGUCCGAAGGAUGCCGAGGAAAAGGAUAUCAGGACUGGAAGCGCUCUUACCACAAGAUCAAAAUCACAGUGAAUCCCCAGGUCAAAAGGAUGUAGACACGGCAAAGGAAUAUGGAGAGAAAACGAGACACAUUUGUAUGGAGAAAGGGAGACGUCAGUGUACGCUCGAGAGCCUCGCUGUCCCAGAGUGGCUGAGAGCACGCUCCAGAUACAGGCUGGCUCGGCCCGAGGCGAAUUUGGGACUCUCUUUGCGGCGUCCUAUUAAUUGGCCUUCCCGGCGCCUCAGGGACUCCUGGGCGAAGAUGGAGAGGUGGCUUAAUAGUGGGACUUGAAGUCGUUGUGGUCGGGACCCGGCGGCGUUGUUUUCUCGGGUUUUGGACCGAUCUGGAGAAGUAACUUAGGCUGCUGAGUUGGGGCCUCGCUGGCUGCGCGGUGGCCGGGAAGGAGAGGCGCUCUCGGGACGCUGCGGCGGAGAUCCCCGCAGAAGGCGAAGCCGGGCGCUGCGCAAGGAGCAGCAACGUGAGGGCGCUCUUGCCCAGGACAAGCAGAGCUGAACGUUUGGUAGCUCACAUUGGCUGAUGCCAGGAAGAGAAACUUCAGAACCUUGACUGGCGCACUUCCCUACCUUUUCCCUUUCUUCUUCAUUUUCUGUGUGCCAUCCCCACCCCCC